AUGUAUCGCUCAGUGGGAGAAGCAGUCGGACGGACCCCUAAGCAGGACGCACCGCCAUACGACCCCUCUCUUUGGGAAGGAAAGGAUUGUGCAUUCAUCACAGUUCUGAAAGAGGCUCAUGAAAGGCAACAACGGCAGGAGCGCCACCGCGACGCACAGCACGGCGGAGUCGACGAGGCUGGCUUGGCGGCUCCCCACACCUCCCAUAUUCAGCUGACAUACACACCAACAAGUUGGUGGGAAAGGCUUAUGUUGAAAUUGUUCCCUCGGUAUUAUGCCUUACGGGUCAUGGCAAAUAGUGAUAUUUCCCGACUGAGCAAUGAAGAACUUGUAAUGCGGAUGCAUCUCGCCCUUCAGGCGGGAGACGGUGAUUUCUCUGCCCUCAUAGCGCAGGAGUUGGCUCGGAGACGUGUGUAUCUGUACCGAGAGGAGGUUACCACUGUGAAUACAACCCCUGGGGGUGCGGCAGUUAGGCGAAACAACUAUAGAGGGAUGGGAAGUUCUGACGAAGGGGUUGGUAUUAUGCGUGCGAGGUAUUCGGACAGUGCAGUAAAGCAAGGUGCCGUCAGCCAUGUUGCAGAUUCGUCAUUUACGGUGCCAGAGUUUCUGCUGAGGCGUCCCUCAUACGGUGGAUGA